CUCUUACCUCACAGAGGUAGCUCCUCCGCCGGCAGCAACUCGGAGCCCGCGGUCCAUGGACCGGAACCUCGGGCCGACGGGCAGGAACCCCGGCCGCGAUCGCCGCCUCCCCGCCCAAGGCUCCUCCUCCUCGCUCCCCACCGCCUCCUCCGGACGCCCGAAGGCCCCGCACCCCAGCCGCCGGGCUCGCGGAGCUACCCCGGGAAGCUGGGUGGCGGGUUCGCGGCUACCGCCGGACUGAGGCCUACUCCGCCGCCUAUCAGUGCUAUUGUCCCUGGCCUGGUCCUAACUGGGUCUACUGGGGAGGGCCAAGUGUGCCGGCUUCAAAGAAGAUGCCGGACCAAGCCCUACAGCAGAUGCUGGACAGAAGUUGCUGGGUGUGUUUUGCCACUGAUGAAGAUGAUAGAACAGCUGAAUGGGUGAGACCAUGCAGGUGCAGAGGAUCUACAAAAUGGGUUCACCAGGCUUGUCUACAACGCUGGGUAGAUGAAAAACAAAGAGGAAACAGUACAGCCAGAGUGGCAUGUCCUCAGUGCAAUGCUGAAUACUUAAUAGUUUUUCCAAAGUUGGGUCCAGUUGUUUACGUCUUGGAUCUUGCAGAUAGACUGAUCUCAAAAGCCUGCCCAUUUGCUGCAGCGGGAAUAAUGGUUGGCUCUAUCUAUUGGACAGCUGUGACUUAUGGAGCAGUGACAGUGAUGCAGGUGGUAGGCCAUAAAGAAGGUCUGGAUGUUAUGGAAAGAGCUGAUCCUUUAUUUCUUUUAAUUGGACUUCCUACUAUUCCUGUCAUGCUGAUAUUAGGCAAGAUGAUUCGCUGGGAGGACUACGUGCUUAGACUAUGGCGCAAAUACUCAAAUAAACUACAAAUUUUGAAUAGUAUAUUUCCAGGGAUUGGUUGUCCUGUUCCUCGAAUUCCAGCUGAGGCUAAUCCUUUAGCAGAUCAUGUCUCUGCUACCCGAAUUUUGUGUGGAGCCCUUGUCUUUCCUACUAUUGCAACAAUAGUUGGUAAAUUGAUGUUCAGUAGUGUUAACUCUAAUUUACAAAGGACAAUCUUGGGUGGAAUUGCUUUUGUUGCCAUAAAAGGAGCAUUUAAAGUUUACUUCAAACAACAGCAAUAUUUACGCCAGGCACACCGCAAAAUUCUAAAUUAUCCAGAGCAAGAAGAAGCAUAAAACUGUGACUUCCUGUUCUUUAGUCUUCUCAUCCUUAUGAAUCUGUUGUCUUGUUUUGAUUCCAUCAUUAAUGCACUUGUGGAGACUUGUGAUAAGCUGCUGCUCCUAUAUUUUUAAAGAAAUAUAAUAAAGCACUUAGGGCAGGGGAAAUCGUCUCAGUAAUCACGGAACCUAAGGAUGUGAUUUGUUUUCAUUGUUUUGUAUGUACUACUUUUAUGGCAGCCAUCUGAACCAUUAUCUUAGCAUGGUAAACCUGGAUUUUGUUCAUGUUUCCUCCAGACAGAAAUGUAAAGAUCAAACUGUGCAAAUAUUAAAAAAAUGCACAUGCUGUUUUAUUCAAAUGCCUCUUUUGUUCAUGUUCAGUGUUUUCUUAGCAUCAGCAACUCAAGGUACUGUGAGGAUUUUUCUCACUGGCAUAAUUUGAUUACAUAUGCUCCUAAACAGGAGCAUAUGUUAAUAUAAGGAAAUGUAAACUAAUUGGUUAUAAAUGAAUAACAAACCAAAAAUGUGUGUAAACAUUCAAGUGAUUACCCGAACAAAUGAGAUUUUAUUGUGUUUUCCUUAAACCAUGUGAUGUCCUCCAAAAUGUGUAGGGUGAAAAUUCACAGGGCUUCCAGAUCACUUUUUCACUAUUAAAUUUUACUUAUAUAAUGUUGACAUCUCAUAGUUCAUAACAUAAUUUUGGCUAAUGCAGUCUUGAUUAGAGUGUGUGUGUGUGUGUGUGUGUCAGUCUCAUCAGGUCCUUCCAUCUCUAGGGUUUUUUAAUCCAUAUUUCUAGAAGUUAGAGCUGCCAGUUUAUAGUAGUAUGAACAGAGAAACAUUUGCAAAAAAAUAAAUCAAUAAAGUUAUUUUACUCUCCUCUUCACUGAUUCAGUUAUUCAGAUAUUUGUUGAUCACCUCCUAUCUGCCCAGGCACUGUGCAGAGUGCUAUGGGAUACAGUGGUGAACAAGACAGACUUGGCCCCAGCUCUUACAGAGUUUAUAGUCUAGUUUCAGCAGAUAGAAAACCAGCAGUGAAUAAACCAAGGUGAGGCCUUGAGGUUUUUGUUUUUAUAUCAGUCAGUGAGGAGAAAAUUAUGAAAACAAGAAGUCUUGAGUAAAUAUUGAAGUCAUUUUUAGCUUAAGUCAGAUUAUAGAAAACCAAUACUAAUAUUUUUAGAUUUUAAUUGCUUGUCAUAUUGAUGAGGCUAGCACCUUAAUCACUGUUUAACUAGUUUUGUAUACAUUUUUCAAAAGCAAUUAUUUAUUUUAAGCCAUUAUUAAUAGAGUGGCCAUUUUAACGUUCAGCAAUCCAAAUGGUCUUGCAGUUAUUUUCUUUAAAAAUAAAAAGAUAUUCCCAAAAACCCUAUUUAUUUUCUUGUUCACAGUAUCUAAUGCAUGACAACAGUAAAUGUUUCCCUCCACUGAUAAGUGGCCACUUUAGGAUUGUAGCAAAUACAGAUUGAGCUAUGUUAGAUUGCAACAAUGUAUGUUAACUUCAGUUAAUUAAAGACUGGUACCUUUCUAUUAAUAUAUUAUGAAUGUCUUAAUUUUGAGUUAUAACGUUUAUGUGAAUAGCUGUUGAACAUUCAAAGUUGUGUUAUUCGGGGAGAAAGGGAAGAUGUAACUGACAGCCUUUUUAAGAACACUGCUAUAGUUCUGAAGGAGAAAUAUAAAGUAUGAUUAUAUAUAAAAAUAACUUAGAUUAUAUAGCUAUAAUUAUAAAAUAUAUUGGCUUUUCUUUAAUGUUUAAUGUGAAAAGAUAUAUUAAAUAGACAUUUCCUGCAUCAUUUUUGUCAUAUAGAACAGCUUUUAGACAGCCUUUACUAAGUUAUGCAAGCAUACAGUUCCGUAUUUACUACUUUAAAUGCCCAAGAUGGGGAGUAGCUGCCUGGGUUUACUGGCAUCAGGUCUCAUGAGGGCUGGGGAGAGGGAGGGAUUUCUAGAGCUGUGGGGGAGGGAACUGCAAGUGCCUGGGGACCAGAGUGGCCUCUAGCCCUAGAAUUGAACACUUUUAAAUCUAAAGAGCCUUAGCUCAAGAAACACCAUGUGCCAGUCUUUCCAGGAAGGUGGUCUGCCCGUGAAGCAAUGAAAGCACAGGCAGACUUAAAGUUGGAUGGACCUGGGUUCCAAUUGUAGUUCAGCUUUUAAUAAUAACUCUACAUAUGACCUUGGCCAAGUGACUUAACUUUCCCUCAGCUACAAUUUUCUUCAUCUCUGAAAUGCAGAUAAUAACACUGAAGACUAUUUCUAGGAUUAACUGAGAAAUGAAAGGAACAGAGGCACUUUAGGCCCAAAAUGGCCUCUGUAGAGCAAUAGUUGUUUCUUACUCGCUAGUCUGUUUGUACUCUGGGAAAAGUGAAUGAAGAGGUAAAAGAAAGGAAUUUAGGGGACAAAUUAAAGAGAUGAUGUAGACUUGGGGUGGGUGGGUAUAUUUUGUUUUCCAGUUUAUUUUCAUAUUGCUCUACUGUGUUAUUUCUAGAAACGUUAAUGUUUUAAGCCUCUUUUAUAAAAUUCAAUGAUGACUAGUAGAAUUCUGUUCUUUGCAGAAGUUAACUUAUCUCCAUUCAAAGUGGCUGAAAAUAUUGUUUAUCAUUACAUGAUUAUCAAAUGACUGUGAAGAAUAUAAAAUUAAACUAGUGACUUAAUUAGUCACUGCCUUGCUAACUCUGCUGUGAUUUUUUGAAACGUCUUGUUUUUAAUAUAGCAGACUAUCUCAAUACUGGGUGGAUUAGGUUGAAUAAAGAAUUUUUAUGUUC